AUGGAAUACGCUAAAGAGUUAGUAGAAACAGCAAACAAGCUGGUUGCAGAUGGCAAGGGUAUUCUGGCAGCAGAUGAGUCUGACAACACAAUCAAGAAGCGUUUUGAUGCAAUAGGACUUGAAAAUACCGAGGAAAAUCGAGCAAAGUAUAGAUCGCUUUUGUUUACCACUCCUGACCUGAACAAAUACGUUUCAGGAGUUAUAUUGUUUGAGGAGACCAUGUAUCAGAAGGAUCCAAACAGUGAUAAAACUUUAUUGGAGCUUUUGAAAGAGAAUGGACUAUUGGUGGGAAUUAAGGUUGAUAAGGGUUUGUUUACACUCCCCUUACUAGGAGAGACGACCACAAAAGGUUUCGACGACCUUUAUGACCGCAGUACCAAGUUCUACAAAAUGGGAGCACGUUUUGCCAAAUGGAGGAAUGUGUUGACUAUUGACAGGAGCAAAAAUUUGCCUUCACAGUUAGCUUUGGAGGAGAAUGCUCAGAACUUGGCCAGAUAUGCGCUGGUGUGUCAGUCUGCUGGAUUAGUGCCGAUUGUUGAGCCUGAAGUGUUAAUGGAUGGAAGCCAUUCAGCAGAGGAGUGUGAAAAGGUAACAACUAAAGUGUUGGUUGAGGUGUUCAAGGCACUUAACGACUACAACGUACUUCUUGAAGGAAUGUUACUGAAGGUUAAUAUGGUAGUUCCAGGAGCUCAAUAUAGUUCAUCUGGUUCUGUUGCCAACGUGGCUGAGUUAACUGUUAGAUGCUUACUGAGAACAGUCCCAGCUGUUGUUCCAGGAGUAGUGUUCUUGUCAGGAGGACAAAGUGAGCUGGAAGCAACUAAGAACUUAAACGAUAUCAACGAACGCCUUCUAACGUUGACAAACUAUUCAAACUCUGAAACUAGUGAUAACAGGAGCAGUAGGCUUUGGAAGUUGUCGUUUUCAUAUGGAAGGGCACUUCAGAGUAGUUGUUUAAAGGUGUGGAGUGGGAAGGACGAAAACGUCAAAAACGCUCAAAAGGUUCUACACCAAAUGGCCAAAAAUAACUCACUGGCAGCCCAGGGUAAAUUAACCAAGAAGGAUCUUGAGGAGGUUGAAAAAUUAACCAAGGAUAUGGUUAAAUCAACCCUGUACGAAAAGGAUUAUAAAUAUUAA